AUGAGCGUCCGGAAAAUCAAGCUGAAAACAAGCCUACAAAGACCAUUUGCCCUCAAUCUCACCCGUGCCUAUCGGACCACCGCCACCAGCUCAGCGACUGUACUUGCAGGACUGAUUCCACUACACAUCAUAGUGGAAAUGGAGGCAGUCUACACAAAAGUAAUACACUUGCGAAAGGACGCCUCACUUUCCAACACAACGUAUUGCCUCAUACAGUAUGAAACUCUUGGCCAUCCCCUACACACUCAUCCGGCUGUCAAAGGUAAAGAUGUCAAGAUAGACCUUUCACGUCAUUCGAAUGCCAAUGAAACCCAAGUUCCCACGCAAGGUUCCCACUUCUACUCGGAUGGGUCCAAGCAGGAGGACGGCGUAGGUUGUGCCUAUGUCUACUACCAGGACGGACAACGUCGACGAGAAUGGAAGGGUCGCCUACAACUACAGAACAGCGUUUUCCAGGCUGAGGUUCUUGCUAUCACGGCAGCAACUCAACACAUCAUCCAUCAAGACAUCACGCAUGCAACCCUCCAUACGGACAGCUUCUCAACACUGCAGGCGCUACUAAACCAUCAGCACACUUCACCUCUAAUUAUCUCACUACAGCAUCUUCUACAACGGUAUGCACACAUUAACUUGCUACUGAAAUGGAUAAAGGCCCACGCGGACAACGAGGGCAAUGAGAAUGCGGAUCGCUUAGCCAAGCAAGCGGUCACAGACUCAGACGCCCAAUUCAACAGCCUUCCAGCACCACCCUCACAUCUGAAAAGUAUUCUAAGAAAACAGUGUCUUCAGCUAUGGCAGAGAGAGUGGAACCUCAGCCCCACAGGAAGACGCACCUUUGACUUUAUACCCAAAGUCAGCACAGAAAGGCACUUCGCCAUUGCACCCCUUACACAAUUCAUAACAGGUAAUGGCCCAUUUCCCCAGCUACUUCUUUCAACGCAACAUAUCUCUAACUGA